ACACACAACUCUUGGGGGUUUCUUCUCGGUUCGAUAUCGAAUUUUACUGUCAGUCGCAAAGCUAAACUCGUCAAGUUUAAACGGUUUGCUCACUGCGGUUAUAUCGGAGACACUUCGAGUGAAGGCCUGCGUGCCCGUGUCUUGCGUUUGUCCUUUGGCUACACGCUACUUCGUAAAACCUGUGUGAAAAUUUGGCGAGAUCCGAGAGGACUGCAUUACUGGUGUAUAUUUUCCGAUAGUCAGCUCGCUGAAGACACUUCUAGGAUAUUUGAUAUUCAGGAGAAUUGAUACUGCAACGUGAACACGUUUCUGCAAGGUUUAGUGCUGAGAAGGAUAUAGUUUUUGCUGAUGUGUUCGAAUGUUUCUACCGGAAAGGUCAAAUUGAAUAUUAUGCACUUUUCGAACGUUGGUCGUCAAUUUUUCCGGCAGCAGAAUUAUGUAAAAGAGCAUCAACCGGAAUAGUAGUGUUGGUUUGCACGGGACCUGCCUCCAGAAGAAUAGUUGCAAGAGCGUGUUAUGCGUAUGGAAAAUUGCGACAUCUGAUUUAAUUGAUUUUCUCCUCACACACAUUCUCUCUUCGGGCAAAGUUUUUUUUCUCGUUCCUGUUGCGGACAGCUGAGAGGUAUACCCCACACAAUCAAAGUGUUUCACGGUGGGAAGAAGGAAUUCGCUGAAAGGAGUAAAGAUACUGCAUGGUGCGCGUACAAUUUUUUGUUUGUUUCGGAAGCGGCUUUUAACUAUAACGAGCCCAACACACAAUCAAGAACAUCAGCAGUGGUUGCCAUUGAUGGUAUGUUCUCGAUGACAGGAAAAUGGGUUAAAUAGAUUGGCCUACGCUAUCUGUCUACAGGAUAGGAAAAUAUGCUUCCUACUAAAUCAUAGUUUAAUUCAAUUAAAAAAUGAGACAAUACGGACCGGAUGGUUCGAACCUGAAAGUGAAGAAACAAAACCGCUAGAGGAAAGUGAAAAUUCCGUCUUCCGCGUAGUGCAAAAGAGAAAGAGAGUGUGCAUAAUUUUUCUUCGUUUUUUUUUUCUCGGUUCCAAUAGUGGCGAAAAUAGAAGCAGAACUUCAAGAACGUUGUGCUGAACGGUCGAACCGCAUUAGAAACCAGUGACUAGUGUGUGUCCUCCCGAGGAGGAGAGCAGUUACAGAGCCGUUGGCAGAAGAGAGCCCACCGUGGGGAGAGCGAGCCUCGAGAAAACGAUUGAGAACACAUUUUCUAGUGUGCCACGGCGAGAGGAAAAGCUGACCCCAACGAGAGGAAAACUCACACCGAACGGAACCACCAGGACGGAAGGAUCGUUCUUUUGCCGGUUGCUAGUUCGCCUGGUGAUGGGUUUUAGUUGCCCAUUGGAACGCGUGUGAACACUCUUCCGUCAUCAGUCAACCCGGGAAAACAUGUUCCUGCAGAAGUUGCGGAGUUCGGUUCGGAUCUUGUGGUGAAAUCAGAAAUUAGGUAACCAGAAGGUGGGCAUUUUGUGCCGUUUUUAUUCUUUUUCUGUGGAAGUUUUUGGAGGCUAAUGAGUCUCCGCAAAGGAAAAUUCAAUCGAAAUCAGAAGGAAAAUCAAUUUACGUGUGUAGUUGUGUGGAGUUUUAUAUACUCUUGCUAUUUUUUUCCUGCUCUGUAGUUGCCGUGUGUACAUAAAUGAAAGGAAGAAAAGGAAAAACAGUACGAAAAACCAGUUUCAGUACUCUUUGCUUGGUGCCGCAGUGGGACGUUAAUUAUAUAAGAAUAAACUUUAUUUUUGAGUGUUCAGUCCGUUUGUUCAAUUAGAGAUAAUUUUUUAGUGCAAAAUGAUAAUUGAAUGAGUGCUUCUCGAGAGACAACUUGCGGUAUUGAAUCGCGAGCAGUUCUUCGAUAAUAAGAGAUAAAUCAAAGUAUAAACAACGUGUUGUCGCUCGGUGUUAGCCAGUGAUUAGUUAGUUAAAGUUUGACGCAGUUUGGUGUUAGUGGCAUAAUUCAUGCUUCACAGUUGCUUGGGAGAGGUGUUUCUAGCUGUUUGGAUUUGUAUUUUGAUUGGCUACAUCUAAGAAACUUAUUGAAUAAUUCUGGGAGAUUCAGUCCAAGCUCGAAAAAACACUGUGAAAAGUGAUCGUAAUACAGCGAAUCUAUUCGAAAGGUGUAUUGUGUGUAUAAAACAACGAAACUAAUCGGAACAGCAAGGGGCUAAUUAAUCAAAUAAUCCAACAACAAAACAACAACACCUACAAAGUGUGAAUGUGAAGAGGGACCGCAGGUCAGCGAAUAGAUCCUGCCCUGGCGCGGUCGAACUGUGAUGGUGCUCUACGUGAAGGAUUUCUAUCGUAAGGAGCCCGACCGGCUGAGGCAGCCGCGACUCGUGUAGCUCUGCCAUGAACAAGCAUCUCUGGAAUAGCGAUACAUCCUGGGGAUGUGUCCAGGCGUUGCUGGCGCUGAUACUGACCAUCCUGCUGUUGCCCGGUUCAGGUGGCGCUCUGACCCCCGGCAUCGACCUGCUCGAGGCACUAAAUUUACACGCGAAUAUAUCCCAGUACCAAGGGGUUACAGUCACACAAGAUUAUCAACACCAAAGGAUAUAUCAUUUGUCAGGUGGCGCUCGAAAUCUUGUCCUUCCGAUGACGGUUUUCCACCGGGCCGUGGACCAGAUGAAGCGGACGCCAGAUUUCACGUUUGCCGUCGUCCUGAAGCAGGAGCAAGCUAACUCUGGGACCAUCGUUUCCUUCUCUAACGGAAACAAUAGGUAUUUAGAAUUACAAUCAAGUGGAAGACGUGACGAAAUACGUUUUCAUUACACACACAUAACAGCAGCGGGCGAGUCGCAGAUGCACACCGAGUCCUUCCCGUAUCGACUCGCGGACGACGCCGAGCACAAGGUGGCGCUAACGGUCAGCGGCACCGAGGUGCAGCUGUACAUCGACUGCCAUCCACUGUAUAAGCGAGUGACACAUUUUUUACCAGAUAGAAAUUUUAGUGCUUCCAAUAUGAAAUUAUUCGUCGGACAAGGAAACUCAAAUAGUCAUUAUGUAUUUAAGGGCGAAUUAAAAGAUUUACGUAUUAUCACCGGCCCGUACGGUUAUUUAUCACAAUGUGAACUAAUGGAUGCACAAUGCCCCACAUGUGGGCAGUUUAUAGAGUUAGAGAAUGCUUUAGUAGAAUUAAGACGAACCAUGUUGGAGUUAACAAAAAGGCUAGGGGCUGCAGAGGAACGAGUCUCAUAUAUAGAGGAAUGUGAUUGUAAAAAAUCAUGCCUAAUAAAUGGUACAAGUAAAAACGAUGGUGAUAUAUGGGAUGUAGGUUGUAGUCAGUGUAGAUGUGAGCGUGGCGUCGUCACGUGUGGUCCAAGACCAUGUCCAGAGGUUAAGUGUAAACAUCCAGUAUUAAAUCCGGGUGAAUGUUGUCAUAAGUGUUUAAAAAACUGUUAUAUUAAUAAGAAAGACUAUGAACACGGCGAGAAGCAGAUCCUAGGCUGUAGAAACUGCUCGUGCCAUGACGGCAGUAUGAGGUGUGAUGUACUGCAGUGUCCGGAACUCAAGUGCCCGCCGGAGCAGCAGAUGUCGGUGACGGACGAGUGCUGUAAAUUUUGUCAAGAUACUCCAAAUAGGCGCAAAGUACGACGACGGGGUACGCACGGUAGACGUCAACACCACAGAAAUAAACACUCACAGAAACAGAAACACGAAGUGGUUCAGACGACAGAAGACAUUGACGAAUGCGCUCAGCAAGGUAGUCUUAAUGGUAAUCACUGCCAUUUGAACACGCAAUGCGUCAACACAUUCGGUUCGUACGCGUGCGAGUGUCUGCCCGGCUAUCGGCAGCUGGACAAGUUCAACUGCGUUGAGGUGGACGAGUGCAAAUCCGGGGAGCAUAGCUGUCACCAGCAGGCGGACUGCAUCAAUACGGCCGGUUCGUAUCACUGUCGCUGCAAGCCUGGCUACGAGGGCAAUGGGUAUGACUGUAAACCGGUGUGCAAUCAAACCUGUCUGAAUGGGGGCGAAUGCCGGGCGCCUGGAGUGUGUGCGUGCCGCGCCGGCUACGUGGGCGAAUCCUGCGAGAAGGAUCUGGAUGAGUGUGCAACCGGAGUGCACCGGUGUAAGGAGACAACGAACUGUGUUAACAUGCCAGGAUGGUACUUUUGCAAAUGCAAGCCUGGAUUUGAAACCAAAGGAAAAGAUUGUGUAGAUAUAGAUGAGUGCUAUUUGAAAACGCACAGCUGUCACCCGACAGCCCGAUGCGUGAACACGCAGGGACAUUUCGAGUGUGAGUGCCCGGCCCCUGGCAGCGGGUCGUCGUUACUGUCGCUGCCAUCGUCCGCCGACUGUAGGUUAAGUUGUAUGUUCGAGGACAAUGAGAUUCCAGACGGUGGCAAAAUCUCGCCCCGGAAUCAACCGUGCAAGGUUUGCACCUGUUCGAAGGGUGUGAUCAGCUGCGUGGAACCACCGUGCAACUGUUCGGCGUGGAGGCGGGGCAGCGCACGAGACCUGUGCUGUCCCCAGUGCGACCCCAAAGAGUCCUGCCAGCACCAGGAGCUGAAGCAUGUGACGUUCCGCAGCGGGGAGCAGUGGAUUUACCAGUGUCAGACGUGCGAGUGUCUGUACGGUGAAUUCGACUGCUGGAAGCUGGAGUGCCCUCCGCUGACUUGUGAUAACCCACUACCGCUGGGAGCCGGUGAUUGCUGCCCUCGAUGUCCGGAUGACAUGUGCAGUCUCGAGAACGCAACAGCGAAUGGACUAACGGGUGGAAGCUCAUGCCUGUAUGAGCAUCACAUCUACGCCUCUGGACAGACGUUCAAGUAUCCGUCCAGAGAGUGCGCCACCUGUUCCUGCAAGGUCCCCUACUGUGCCCAACUGGACGGUAAGAUCACCUGCCGUUACGAUGAUCAUUGUGUUGAUGAUGAACUACGAAAGAUUAAAGAGCCUCCUGCAAUUGAUAGUGUUAAGAGUAGUCUUUCUGAUAAUAAACCAUCGCAAACAACGACCCCAAAGACAUCAACGCAACCAGCGGCCGUCAGUGCAACAACGACAGCAAUGCAGUUCCCCCUCGCAGUCCUGUCUUCGGCUCCAACAGUCUUCAAAUCAACCUCGACAACUGCAGUAGCAUCACCAAUACCAAAGUCCAGUUCUACCCUUCCAGCUGGUGAUCUUCAACAGCAGCAAGGGGUUUGGUCAACUCAAUCAUCAGCAGAUCUAUCGAACCCAACGAAAUUCCUACACAAACGAUCCCUGCCAUCUGGCACUGAGAGCAUCCUCGAAGUCACAUCGUCUCCAGCACCUCUCCGAAGGUAUAUUGGUAACUGAAAUCAUCAAGAGCAAUUAGUAUCACGUCGUAGGUGUCAUUGACCUAUCAAACGCCCCGACCGACCACUAUUCGCGCAAGCAAUCAUUAAUUUCCUAUCUAAUUUUCACAGCCAAGAUGAACUGUUCAUUUCAGCUUACUCAACCCGAGCACAUUCUUCCCUCGAAACAAACACAGAAUCCAAAUAUCUCUAGAACCUAACCUAUUUGUAGUUACGUGUACGGUUCAUUUGUAUUUAAAUAGCGAUUGGAGAGAGAAAAAAUGAACGAAACACGCAAAACAAAUCACGUUCUUAGGAAAAAUUUUAAAUUGAACAAAGUCGCAAAAGUUUGAAAUUCUUAAAAUUUUAAUCCACAAAAAUGAACAAAAAAGAAGGCUAGUAACGAUGACAAAUAAACAAAGGAACAACGCCCAAAACAGCAACGCGAAUAGAUGUAAAAACCUUAUACCAAAAUCAAUCCAAAAUAUACCGUCAUUGUUUUCCCUCUCUAUUCUAUGUAUCUCCCUCUAUCUUAAAAUUUCGCCUGAAGCAAGCAAAAGCGCAUCAAGUAAAUCGAUUAGUAAGAACGAACAGGAACAAACGCUUAAACAUAAUAACAGUUCCCCAUUUUUUGAGUAACUUUUUGGAAAACUCAACAUUAGGACAACAAGCAAAAUCUUAAGGUAACAAAAGAAAACUAAAUAAUUUUGGGUAUAGAAGAAAGCAUGAUGGAACAUAGAAGAAAAUUGAAAUUAUUUUCUGGUAACUAGCUUAUCGGGGAGAGAAGAACAUCGGGUGAAAGAAUAGCCAUGUUUCCUAGCAUACAAGUUAUAUUUCAUUCAACUAAGAACAUCCACUGUCAUGUAGUCAUGUAGUAAUCAUGCUAAGCAACAAGACCGACUCGAUGUUUUUUUUUGCUCCGGUGAUCACGCAACCACACAUAAACAGGCACGAAAGCGUAAGAACGAACAUUCCUGAAGGCAGAAUGAAACGUCAAACUUCACAAUUCUCGUACAGCGUAAAGUAUUACACAGCCCGAAAAAAAUGUCGAAAAAAAAAACAAAAAUGAAAACAGAAGAUACUGUAAAUACUAGAUAAAUAGUCUGUAUAAAGUUCUAGACAUAAAAAAUAUAUCUGAGAAAUAAUCCUGUUUGUGAGAUCUUAUUAUUUAUUACUUACAAACAGAACACAAAAAAAAUGUGCAAAAGCGAUAACGUUUCUGUUUCCAAUGAAACAAAAGUUUUUACAGAUCGAAAUAUUUCCGAAUACGUAUAUUGUUUUUCUUAAAACUAAUCGUGGCAAACCGACGAAACACAUUCACAUGGAAGAAAAACGAAAUGAAAAAUCGAACGAAAAUGGAAACCAUUCACAAGGCCACCCCGUCGAUUGUUACAAUUCUAGUCAAUUUCAGUUUAUGUUAAGUGUAAUUUAUUUAUUAUCAUUCUCUUUCCGGUACCAAAAUCAGAAUAUUGUUUCACUUGCUCUUAGCAAACAAUAAACAACAUAAGAUGAAAAAAAAAAAA